CCGGGGCCACGAUGGAGAGGGACGGCUGCGCGGGGGGCGGGAGCCGCGGCGGCGAGGGCGGGCGUGGCCCUCGGGAGGGCCUGGCGGGGAAUGGCCGUGACCUGGGCCGCGGCCAUGCCACCGAGAUUCCCGCGGACCCGCAGGCGGCCGCGUCCCUGCUGGCCCCCAUGGACGUGGGGGAAGAGCCGCUGGAGAAGGCGGCGCGCGCCCGCCCGGCCAAGGACCCUAACACCUAUAAAGUGCUCUCGCUGGUGUUGUCAGUAUGUGUGCUAACAACAAUCCUUGGUUGUAUAUUUGGUUUGAAACCCAGCUGUGCCAAAGAAGUUAAAAGUUGCAAAGGUCGCUGUUUUGAGAGAACAUUUGGGAGCUGUCGCUGUGAUGUUGCUUGUGUUGAGAUGGGAAACUGCUGUCUGGAUUACCAGGAGGCCUGUAUAGAACCAGACCAUAUAUGGACUUGCAACAAAUUUAGGUGUGGUGAGAAACGGUUGCUUACAAGCCACUGUGCCUGUUCCGAUGACUGCAAAGACCAGGGUGACUGCUGCAUUAACUACAGCUCUGUGUGUCAAGGUGAGCAAAGUUGGCUGGAAGAGCCAUGUGGGUACAUUCACGUGCCGCAGUGUCCAGCCGGGUUUGAAGUGCCUCCCACCCUCUUAUUUUCUUUGGAUGGAUUCAGGGCAGAAUAUUUACACACUUGGGGUGGACUUCUUCCUGUUAUUAGCAAGCUAAAAGACUGUGGAACAUACACUAAAAAUAUGAGACCGGUAUAUCCGACAAAAACUUUUCCCAAUCACUACAGCAUUGUCACAGGACUUUAUCCAGAAUCUCAUGGCAUAAUUGACAAUAAAAUGUAUGAUCCCCAAAUGAAUGCUUCUUUUUCACUUAAAAGUAAAGAGAAAUUUAAUUCUGCAUGGUACAAAGGAGAACCAAUUUGGGUCACAGCUAAGUUUCAAGGCCUCAGGUCUGGCACAUUUUUUUGGCCAGGAUCAGAUACACCAAUUCAUGGAGUUUUUCCAGAUAUCUAUCAAGUCUAUAAUGGUUCAGUACCUUUUGAAGAAAGAAUUUUAGCUAUUCUUCAAUGGCUACAACUUCCUGAAGAUCAAAGACCACACUUUUACACUCUGUAUUUAGAAGAACCAGAUUCUUCAGGCCAUUCACAUGGACCAGUCAGCAGUGAAGUCAUCAAAGCCUUGCAGAGAGUCGACAAAAUGGUUGGCAUGCUGAUGGAUGGUCUGAAAGAGCUGAACUUGCACAAGUGCCUGAAUAUCAUCCUUAUUUCAGAUCAUGGCAUGGAACAAGGCAGUUGUAAGAAAUACGUGUAUCUGAAUAAAUAUUUGGGAGAUGUUAAAAAUAUUAAAGUCAUUUAUGGACCUGCUGCUCGAUUGAGACCUGCUGAUGUCCCAGAUAAAUACUAUUCAUUUAAUUAUGAAGGCCUUGCCAAAAAUCUUUCUUGCCGGGAACCAAACCAGCAUUUCAAACCCUACUUGAAACAAUUCUUACCUAAGCGUUUCCACUUUGCCAAAAGUGAAAGAAUUGAGCCCUUGACAUUCUAUCUGGACCCUCAGUGGCAACUCGCAUUGAAUCCCUCAGAAAGGAAGUAUUGUGGAAAUGGAUUUCAUGGCUCUGACAAUGCAUUUGCAAAUAUGCAAGCCCUUUUUAUUGGCUAUGGACCUGGAUUCAAGCAUGGUAUUGAGGUUGACACCUUUGAAAAUAUUGAAGUCUAUAACUUAAUGUGUGAUUUAAUGAAUUUGACACCUUCUCCUAAUAAUGGAACCCAUGGAAGUCUUAACCACCUUCUAAAGAAUCCUGUUUAUACCCCAAGACAUCCCAAAGAAUCAUACACCCCACAGUACUGUCCCUUCACAGCAAGCCCCAGAGACAACCUUAGCUGUUCAUGUAACCCCUCGAUUUUGCCGAUCGAGGAUUUUCAGAAACAGUUUCAAGUGACCGCGGAAGUAGAGAAGAUUAUUAAGCAUGAAAUAUUACCCUAUGGAAGACCCAGAAUUCUCCAAAAAGGAGACAACAUCUGUCUCCUUUAUCAACACCGGUUUGUGAGUGGAUACAGCGAGGACUUCCUAAUGCCCCUUUGGACAUCCUACACUGUCAGCAGAAAUGACACCUUCUCUACAGAAGACAUUUCCAAUUGUCUCUACCAGGACUUUCGAGUUUCUCUUAGUCCUGUCCAUAAAUGUUCAUUUUAUAAAAACAACGCCAGAGUGAGUUAUGGAUUCCUUGCCCCACCACGACUAAGUAAAAAUUCAAGUCAAAUAUAUUCUGAAGCUUUGCUUUUUACUAACAUAGUACCAAUGUACCCGAGUUUUCAAGUUAUAUGGCACUAUUUUCAUGACACCUUACUGCGGAGGUACGCAAAGGAAAGAAAUGGUGUCAAUGUUGUCAGCGGUCCUGUAUUUGACUUUGAUUAUGAUGGACUUUAUGAUUCGUCAAAGACUCUGAGGCAAAACAUCAAAAUUAUCCGUAGUCAAGAAAUUAUGAUUCCAACUCACUUCUUCAUCGUGCUAACAAGUUGUAAAAAUAAAUCCCAGGUUCCCUUGCACUGUGAAAACUUAGAUCCCUUAGCUUUCAUCUUGCCUCACAGGGCUGACAACAGGGAGGGCUGUGCGUAUGGGAAGCAUGAUUCCUUAUGGAUUGAAGAGUUACUUAUGUUACACAGAGCACGGAUCAGAGAUGUUGAACUUAUCACUGGACUCAGCUUCUAUCAAGAAAGAAAAGAGCCAGUUACAGACAUUUUAAAGUUGAAAACACAUUUGCCAACAUUUAGCCAAGAAGAGUAAUGUUGUUUAUUCUAAAAAUACCACGAAUCUUUUUGAGAGAACCUUAUAUUUUUUACAGUCCUCUAUCCACGCUAUUGCGUUGUUUGGGAAACGUCAACCAGAGUUAGAAUGGAAUCCUCUGUGAUACGGACAUCUCAGGGAAACUUGUGGAAUCUGCAUGACAGUAGGAGGGUGUCCUAUUGAAUCUUGCACGUAUUUGAAUGUGUAAGAAUUGUAUACAUUGUUCAAGUUUUGAGGAAUAAAGACAGACCAUACGUAAAA